AUGCGCGGCCGCGCCAACAAAGUCACGAAACCCAGCAAGCAGCGACCUCCGAGUCGACCCGACUCCGUCAUUCAGGACGCCGUGGACCACCUCACGGCAGCUGCCCACGCGCUGCAGCACCACCACCAGCCGGACGAGGACCACCUCACCGAUCCCGACCAGCACCACGACGAUCACGAGGAGUCACACCGCCAGAUCCACGACGGCGAGCCCCAACACCAGCAGGUCGACCUGAAGCACGAGCACCACCUCUAUCCAGACGCGCCUCCUUCCCACGAGGACGACAGCAACCCCGACGUCGACGACGCGCACGCCCUCCAUCGCGUCCAGCAGCAUCAGAGACAGCUCGGUCUCGUUGCCGACGUGGCUUCCGAUCCCGCCUCGGCCCUGCCUCCGGCCGCCGACCCCAGCAUCCACCCGGCUCUCCAGGCUUUUAGCACCGCGGCCCAGUUCGCCUCCCUGGCCCAGCAGGAGGAGAUGGACGCGCAGAUGCAGGAUGCUGUGGGCGCCGCUGCCGCUGCCGCGAGUGUUGCCGCUGCCGCCGCCGGCUCGCCCGGUCCCGUACAAACCGCGGCCGAGCGGCUCAUGAGCCAACCCGGUCGUCGUCUAGCCCUGCAGAGACGCAAGGAACAAAAAUUGAACCUUGUCCGACGUAGCAACGUCGAGGCUCUUCUGGCUCACGUCUCGGGUCAGCAGGCAGCAAGCGCGUGCAAGAACUGUCACAAGGGACAUGGUCCUUGGACCGUCUGUGUCGUCGUCGACGGCCAAAUGUGUGGUAGCUGUGCGAACUGCUGGUACAAUGCCAGCGGCGCAAGAUGUUCAUUCCAUGAAACAAACAACCCCCAAGGCCACCAACCGGCGGUGCUACCACCGGCCCCGAACCCCGCCGCCAGCUUUGGUCUUCCUCAGCUGGCACCUGCGGGUGUGAUUCAGCUGCCACCAGGCGUCCUCGCCCACGACCCUUCCCUCUCUCAUGUCCCCUACGACUCGGAGGCAAAGGUUGUGAUGGACCGGGCAAUGGCAUUAGCUCGUGAAGCUACGACUAGGAAGGCACGGCAGCUCCUCAAGGUCGAGAUCGCCGCGAAGCAGCUCGUCCUCAGCAUGCUCGAGUACGAAGAAAUUGUGCAGACGGAGAAUCAGCUACAUCAACAGCACCACCAACUCCAGCAGCAGCAGCACCACCAUAGAGCACAAGACCUGAGGGCUACCUCCCAUCCCGGGGUGCAGGUUCGGCAACAGAUUACCGGCGAACCAGGCACGGUGCCUGAUGCUUCAAUGGAGGGAGGAGAGGAAGAUGGGACAUAG